UGUUCCGUUUGUUAGGCGAUGAGGGUUUUCUUUGCCUUGAGGGACUUCACUUUAGAGUUGGAAGGUUCCGAGGAGAUGCUCCUCCCCCUCACCCCACGCAUUGCUAGUGUCACCACUGAAGACCUGGUACCUACCAGCCAAAGUAGCUGUGAUUUGUGCGCUUGCAAAGUUAUAAUUGGAGAAAAUGUAACAGACAGGUUCAUGUUAGUAACAGAGUCUGAGUUCAUGCUAUUAGAGCCAGACAAGAACCAACUGGGAUAUGGCAUAGUGAAAUUCAUUGCAUUCCUCCAGGAUGUUGAUAUUUCCACUGACCCAGCUGAUAACUGUGCUCUCUACAUCGUUGCCCAUCAUCGAAGCAAAUCUCAAGUUAAGCGUCGUCCAGCACUCACUGCUCGAUUUCUCUUUGAUGAUCACAUUCGCUGCCUUGCAACAAGACAAAGCUUACAGAGACGUAAGGAUACUCUCAGACACAGUAAGAUGGUCAUCAUUGCUUCUCUUCUCGGUGAGCCACCACCUUCUUCUCCUCAUCGGAAGAGAGGAGACAGUCUCACUAGUCCAUUGCCUAAAGUUGGGACGCUGCCAUUUAAUGACACCACGUCUUCUCCUGGUCCUCUCUUACCUUCAGCAAGUCCAAGCACUCAUCAACACUCUCUUGCUAACCAGACCCUCAACACUUCAAGUUUGACAUCUGAUGCCACUGAUGGAGCUGCAGUUGGUCACUAUGAGCUUGAGAAGUUGGACAGCAGCAAAACAAAAGGAGCAAAAACUGGACGAGAGGAGGAGAAUCGAACCCCGUCACCUCACGUUCGUUAUGUUCACAAAACUGACACAAUAACUCUGUCUUUUGGUGAAACUGUGACUGAUUCACCAGUCACAAUACUGCCUCCUCUGGAAAGAGAGAUUGAGGAAAGUGAAGUAGAUUCUGAACUGAUGGCUCUGACCGACAGCAUCAACAUUAAUGAAGAUGAUCAAGAUGACAAAGAAGGCAAUGGUGAUCAUAAAGAAUAUUCUGCUAGUCCUAAGAUCACUAGAAGAUUAACUCCUCCGCCCACUGUCUUGAGGCAGUAUUUACCGGAUGAAGAUCUGCUAGAACACGACCUUGAAUUGCCUGAAUCUGUCAUAACGCAACAAGUCGAUCAGAAUCAUCCCUAGGCAUCAAGGAAUCAAUUUAGUUCUAUUUAUAUCCAUUGCUUGUUUGUUUGUUUGUGCAACGUACAAUCAAAUUUAAUGUGCUGAUUUAUUACAAGUGAUCUACUUUUUGUACCAUUAUUAAUAUUAUUAUAAAAUAUUAUUUUAGUAACUUGCAA